AUGGACCUAUUAUUUUCAUGGGUUUGUUUGUUGCUCAUGUUAGGAAAUGCGAUUUGUAAAAAUACAGAGGGAUUUGGUGAGUGAAGGAGAUUUGAAAAGUUUUCUAGAAAUUCAGGGGAAAAAAUUGAAUUUUAAUUUUCAGUGGAAGAAGUUUCGUGCUCAUCAGAAAGCUUAACAGUUGUGAUAAAUCGAUCAGAUCCAGAAGUUUCGCAAUGGAUGGCCAAUCCCAAAUCUCAACCAGUAGUGAGUUAGAAAAAUACGGUAGAGCUACAGUAAUUUUUGAGGUUCAGAAAAAAUUUUAAACUAAAAACAAUCUUUCUUUCAAUUUUCCUAGUAAUCUACAGUAUCCGCAAAAUAAAGUAAAUUUCCAGGUUUACGUCUACGGUCACAAAACCCGUCAUCCAUGCGGCACAUCAAUGAAAAAUGAAAAAGGUCUCACAAAUUUCAACCUAACAAUUCCAUAUGGCAAAGAAUGUGAUGUUUCUCUAGUAGAUUUGGUAAGUCUCCUCAUCUCUUAAAAAUCAAUGUGAAUUCAUUUUCCAGCAACCGAAUCACCGUACUGCUGAAACUACAGUAGUCCUUGAAGACAAUGCAGAUUUAUCAUAUUCGAAAAGUUUGAGGAUCAAUCAUGUGUUUUGUUUAUACGCAAGAAGUGUGCAAACUAUUCGAUUUAAUGAUGUUUCAAAGUGAGUUAGGCUAUCUUUCAAUUAAAAAAAGUUUUUUUUAUUCACUAAUUUUUAGUGGCCAUGAAGUUAUCGCAUCGACGGGAGGAAAACCAAAACCAAAAGUUGAGAUGUUGUUCAGAAAUGCGGACGGAAAAUCAUUACGAGCUGCGAAAAUUGGCGAUUCUGUGGAGUUUUUUGUAGCGCUUUCUCCAGAUUGUAAGAAUCAUUUUUUAUUUUAUUUUUGAUUCCAAAAAAAACACUUUUUUCCAGUGGCGUAUCAUGGAAUAAGUCCGAAAGAAUGUGUGUUCAGCGAUCGUGAAGAUAUCAAUUCACCAGAUGCCAAGAAAAUGACAUUUGUACAAAGCGGGUAAGUGGCCUGAAGCCAAUAAAAAAACCUUUCAUAUGAAAUAUUAUUUGGCAGGUGUCCAGUCGACGAAAUCAGCGAGAUAAUUGACCCGUUGGCCAAUGUGAAUGACCAAGUAAGUGAAUGAAAUUGAAAUUGAGAUUGAAAUGAGGGAAAAAUUGGUGUUUUUCUAGGUCUAUUUUUCGAAAUUCAAAACAUUCCGAUUUGGAAAUCAAAGCACUGUUUUUGCACAUUGUAUUUUACAAGUUUGCUUGAAGAAAGAGGAAUGCACAAAAAGUUGUUUCAAAAAAGUGGUGAAUUCGAAUUUGACAGCUGAGAGAUUGAGAUUCAGACAUCGGAGAAGUGUUGGAAAUCAAACUGCGAAUGCUAAUGAUAAAUUUGAUAUGAGUGAAAUUGCAUUGACCAAUACUUUGACCAUUUUGACCGAUAAUGAAUCAAAAGAAUGUGAGUUUUUUUGGACAAUCUGAACCCCAACUGCAAUAAAGUUAAAAAAAAACAAAAAAAAAGUUUCUUCUUCGUUCAGUAAACCAAAAUUUCAGUGGUACCACUUCCAUCCGUCUCAAUUCCUCAAAGAGAAUGUGCUCCUUCCGAAUUCGGGAAAAUCCCGAUGAUUGCAUGUCUCGUCUUCCUGAUCCUCUUCCUGAUCUCCUCAAUGGUAUCAAUUUAUCUUGGAUGUCGUCUGAAACAAAAAACAAAGGUGAGUUUCAGAGAGUUUAUUUUAGAGGAUCAAAAAUAACUAUUUUUUUCAGCAAAACUCAUUUGACAUGAUGUCAGCCUACUCAAAUUCCGCCCUCUCUAUGCCGGUUUCAUAUUCACUUCAACGUUCAAACUAUGCUUCUUCUACACAAAUGGAAUAUCGAUGA